AUGACUUCUGGCGAGCAGAAGCUCAUUUGUCGCCGGCGCAAAGCGCAGAGAAGCUCACGAAGUGCAGCAAGAAUUCUGCCAGCUGACGGAUUGCAUUCACUAUCACGUCCAGGGACAGCAAAAACCAUCUCUGCAGACUGCGAGGAGCCGGUUCUACAGGAGAAAGUCAUCCACUCAGCGACGCAGUGCGCAUUCGCGACGUCGCAACUCGUCGCGUGCGCCCGAGUUGUCGCGCCAACGAUCGAAAGCAACGCGUGUCAAGAGCAACUCUUAACAAGUGCCGCUAAGCAGGUAUCGCAUGCGGUAACGGAAUUGCUGCAUGAUGCUGAAUAUGCUUGUGAACGAAGCCAUACUGGCGGUCGACAAUCGCUCACGGACAUCCAUGAAGCUGCCAGACAGGUGAAGGAUCGGGUUACGCAUGCCCUGGACAGCCUAUUGGAACAUGUGAAGACUUCACCAAAGAUCACGAGAACCACAGAGGAAGAGCAGUAUAAUGAAGUGUUGAGAACGACUCACAGAUUGAUCGCACACCAGGGUCCCAGCGAAGAUCUUACACGUGAGGCAAAGAAGGUCAUUCGACACAGUCAAAUUCUUAUGGAGCAGUUCGAACAUGAAGCGCAUGAGCAUCCUGAGCAAAAGGAUCGUCUAUUGGCUGCUGCUCGACGUGUCGCAACCGCCACCAGUGACAUGAUCAACGCCACAAGGGGAAUGCGAGUCACGACAACAGAAGCCGAAUCAGAAAUGGCCUUACGUAACGCCGCCGAACGACUGGUCACUGUAACAAAUGAGACGACCAGUGAGCAGCAGGCAAAACACAUUAUGGAGAAGCUGGAGCAAGCUGCUCGUCAAACGGCAUACGAGGCAACGCAGACGAUUGCAGCCGCCAACGCCGCCAAGGCUGAUCACUUCGAUCCGAGAAAGUCAGCAGGCCAAACGGCCAGCGAAAAGUUCCGCGCUCAAAGUCGUCUCAUACGCGAUGCACAUCAGAUUUUGGCACCAGCAACUCGUCUUGUGGAAGUGGCGCGUACAUCAGUGGCUCAUGAGCUCGACCAGGAAAUCCAAGACGUACAGAAGGCGGCACUUAUGAAACAACUAUCUCCACCGCGAGGAGCGACGUCUCAAUCUGCCACAUCGCAUCUGAUGUCGUCAGCGAGACAGGGAAUACGUCAUUUGACCGAACACGCUAACGUGCCAGUCAAUAGCAAUACGUAUUUCGGAUGUCUGGACACAAUGACUGAGCAGUCAAGACACCUUGGCGAGUCGAUGACCGGUAUCGCUCGAAACGCUAAAGCGAUGGAUACGCGGGCGCUGUGCACUAACGUCAGUACUGAGACUCGAGAAACGUGCACAUCUGCGGCGCAAUCACUCCGAUCGGCCACUGAGCAGCUCGAGAGUUAUGUGGAUAAUCCGGACUUUGCUGGUGUACCAGCCAGAAUAAGCCCUUCGGGUCGCGAUGCUCAGAUUCCCGUGCUCACCGCAACUAGGCAGAUGUUGGAUUCGAGCUGUGAGAUGAUUAGUACUGCAAAAGCACUGGCGUCAGCACCAAUGGAUGCGCCAACAUGGCAACGCCUUGCCGAUAAUAGCAAGGAGGUCAGCGAAUCCAUCAAACGAUUGGUGAGCUCGAUUCAUGCGGCCGCCCCAGGACAAGCCGAAAUGGAUAAAUGCAUUCGUCAACUGGAACAGCUAAUUGUGGAUGUGGAGCGAAGCUCUCUGGAUAUGAGCGGAGCUCAAAGCCAACCCUCAUCGUCAGCCACUGAGAAACGAAUCCACCAGUCGAUCCUGUGCUCUACUCAAAGUCUAGCUGAGAAGGUUGACGAACUGCGAUCGGCAGCAGUCUCCAGGGGCGAAGCUCUUCCGCACUGUGUCGAAGCUCACUGGGAAACCGUACAGCCACUUGCGUCAUCCGCGUGCGAAGCCGCGGCGAUCGCGCGCGAUAGUCGCCAGCAGGCAGAGCUAUUCGACAAGUGCCGCACUGUGGUGGAGGCCGAGCUGCAAAUGAUGUACGCAUGUCGUGACUCCGCAGGAAAUCCAAAGGCGAUAGAGGCACAUGCUCGUGUCGAUGAAGCGGCAGCACAACUGAAAGAUGCCCUCGAUGACAUGAGGAGUACUGUAAGCGCAAUCAGCAGCGAACAAGGAGUCAUCCAAGGAAUGGUUGAGACGAUCUCUCAUUCGAUUGCUGGCACCGACAUGAUGCACACUUCUUCCCAAGGAUCAUCGUUCGCCGAUGCGCAGACGAAAAUCAAUGCCUAUCUGGAGGAUAUUAGACGAACCGCUACCGACAUGCCAUAUUCAGAACCUCAAGCGCUGGGCAACAUGGCCUUGGCGCUGAGCGAGAAGUAUCGUUUAUUGGCUGAAGAGGCCAGACAGGCCGUAGCCAUGCUUCCAUCACCGAGUGUAGCUCAAAAACUCAAAGUAGCCGUGCAAAAACUCGGAACCUCAUGCAUCGACACGGUGAAGGUGGCUGGACAACGUCGUGCGCAUCCGACUGAUCAGCGCACUCAUCGCGAAUUAACGGACAACUCGCGUGUGGUAGUGGAGCGAGUAAACGCGGUGUUGGCAUCUCUACACGAAGGCUCCAAGGGCACUCAGGCUUGUAUCAACGCUGCCAAUACCGUAUCCGGAAUCAUCGGCGACCUGGACACGACGAUUCUUUUCGCCACCAGCGGAAGCCUGAACACCUACGAUCACGAGACUGGAGAGGGCACAUCUGGACCCUCCGGUGCCACACCGGAACAUUUGGCACGCGCCACAAAACGCGUCACCGACGCGACAACUCGUCUUGCUGGUGCGGCACAGACGCUUCAGCAGAGCGAUGUGAUAGCUGCGGCUAAUCUAGCCAGAGCUGCUGUCAGCGAGCUGCUGAUUGUGUCUCGUGCAGCGGCCGCAGACGCCGACACUGCUGAGGCCAGAUAUAGAACGCUUGAUUCUGGACGCGAUGUUGCUGCUCAGGUUCGUGGUCUUCUUGUCGCCUUGCACACGGUUCUGGCGCGAAAUGCUGACCCGUCAUCGCGCCAGCUGCUUCUUGAUGCGUCACGCGGAGUAGCACGAGCUGUGAAGGACCUCAUCGGAUGUAGCGAACUGCUGAAGAGUGAUACAUGGGCGGACCACUCCGAUCCGACGGUGGUGGCUGAAAACGAAUUGAUGGGAGCAGCAAGUUCGAUAGAAGCUGCAGCAGUGAAAUUGGCUGAGCUUCGUCCACGAGUACAACCGAAAACCGAUGAGAAUUUAGCCUUCGAUGAGCAGAUUCUCAGCGCAGCCAAAUCGAUCACGGCUGCUGUUCAGACGCUGGUGAAAGCCGCGUCAUCGGCUCAACGUGAGCUCAUCGCUCAAGGCCGUCUCGAGUCGCAUCCACAACAGCACAGUGAAGACUACCAGUGGUCUGAGGGGUUGAUCAGCGCUGCUCGUUUCGUUGUUGCCGCUGUUCAUCAGCUUUGUGAAGCAGCAAAUGCUCUCGUCCAAGGUCAAGCAAGUGAGGAGAAGCUCAUUUCGGCUGCGAAGCAGGUGGCAGCAUCAACUGCUCAACUGCUCGUUGCUUGUAAUGUCAAGGCCGAUAUGGACAGCCAAGCAAGACGACGACUUCAAGCUGCAGGACACGCUGUCAAGACGGCCACUGAGCGCCUUGUCACUUCGGCUCGACAGAACGUGGUUGAGGACGAGCGCAACAUUGUCAUUUCAGACCGACUUGUCACUGGCAUUGCUCAGGUGAUGGACGCUCAAGAACAAGUCCUCCGCAAGGAGAAAGAGCUCGUUCAUGCAAGAGAACGUCUCGCGAAUCUGAACAAGGCUCGAUAUGAUCGCGGAGCUUCACCUGAGCAGUAG